CGUUGGGGCCCUGCCCACUCCCGCCAACCGGAGAGCGCAGGGGCUGCAUCGCAGAGAACAGGCGAGGAGAAGACCUCCGGGCACCACCACCUGCUUCGGGGCGCCCGCCACUUCGGCCCAGCGCUGCCCUCCUUUCUGGGCUUCCGCGCUGGCCAGACUUGCAGGAGCCCCCGAGCGGGGAAGACCUAACCGCCACUAAUGCCAACAAGUGACCUGAGUCCAAGCGGCAGCCGAAAGGCGUCGGGCGGCCGCGGACCGGCUGCAUCCGGACGGCGCUCACGGCUCGGCGGCCCUGGGCGAACGGAGCCGGCGGCACGGCUGACCUCAGCGGGCUGGCCGGCGGGUCCCCGGGAGCACCGGAGGCCACAGCACCCCCUCGCUUUGGGGUUCUACUUCUACCCUCCGAUGGGUGAGGAUCUCAUCGACCAGUUCUCGCCCUCCGCGCACUGCUUGCUGGGCAUCUCCAUCGGGUAUUUUGUGCAGGACUUCUUGGACAUGAUAUGUAAUCAGAAGCUUCAGAAAUGUUGGGAGCUGCUCUUCCAUCACUUUGUGGUGAUCGUUUGCUUUGGCUUUGCCUUCCUGGUUCGUCGCUUUGUGGGUUUCGCGAUGGUGGCUCUGCUGGUGGAGAUCAACUCUGUCUUCCUACACCUGCGGACAAUCCUGCGGAUGGCCGGCUUGGCCAACACCACCUCCUUCCGCCUCGCCAGCCUCAUCAACCUUGGCACCUAUCUGGUGUUCCGUAUCCUGAUCUUGGCCUGGAUGAGCCGCUGGCUGGCCCUUAACCAGGAUAACGUCCCGGCAGUCCCCUAUGCUAUGGGCACAGUGGGCAUGGCCAUCAUGCUGUCCAUCAACAUUGUCCUCUUCUACCGUUUGCUACGCAGCGACUUCCUCCCAUCUCACAAGGAGUAGCAGCUCCCCGCCAAGCACCAGGGGAUGGGAGAGCGAGCCAGAACAAGGCAGAGCGCCCAAGCAGGCAGGGGGAGGGGUUUCCCCAGCUUCUCAGGAGCCCCCCCUGCUGCCGAGCGAUGCAGACGGGAGCAGGGCCAGCCUUUCCGGAGAGGCCUGUGGAACAGUGUCGUGGUGCUGUUUGGCGGGAAGGCUGGGAGCGAUGACGACACAGCAAGGUGGGCUUCGCUUUGCCUUCCAUGAGGGAGGGGGCUUAUUGAAAUGACUUCGCCCUGUGCAUCUGUGUUCUGACGUUUACUUCUGGUACACUUUCCUGAGCAAGGUGAGCCUCCUGGGAACAGGUGCUCUUCGCCUCAUCCCUUCCCUUCCACCCCUGCCCCGUGGCAAUACCCGAGAUGGUGCCAGACUGUGGAAGGGUGUGGCAGAGACUGUCUCACCUUCCCCUCCCUGAUGCCCAUGGCGGACUCUCUCUCUGGAGAAUAGCACUUCUUAAGGAGUCUCCCUGGGAGUUGCUACCUUUCCGUUCGGGGUUUUGAUUGCUAACACUCUAUAGGUAAAUUUCACCAGCGCUGGUACAAAAGGGACUGGAACAGACCCGGGCCUUGGGAAUCAUGGGAAUGAAAAAAAAAGCAAGGACGGAUCACAGCCUCUGGAGCUUUGCUGGAAGCAUCACUGUCCAACUUCCCUCCCAAGAAUUACAAGCAGGUCCUGCAGCCCUUCCUUCCCUUUGAGUCGAGGAAGGCAGCAUCCAAGGCUACUCAGGCAUAUUUGCUGCUGUCAGCCUCUGUCCCUUCCGGCUUCCCCAAUGGAGCCAAAGGCUAGAUUCCCAGGCCCAUCCCUGGAACUGCCACCCUGAUGCCAACUGCCGGUGCCUUUCGCCCACUAAGGGCUGAGUAAUUAUCUCUAAACCUAGGAUUACAAAGCAGUUAUCUGAUUUUUUUUUCUUUGUGUAACAAGAUGUUAGAAGAUGUGUGUGCACACAAUAAUAAAGACACUUUAGUGAAUGCUAA